AUGAAUGGAUGUCGACUCUAUUGGCGACGUCUAUUUAAACGUGAACCCCUCUACCUUAAACCAACUCAGUCACCACUUGAUCUCUCAUAUCCUAUCCUAUCGGCUUGUAUCAUCAUCAUCAUCAUCAUCAUCAUCAUCAUCAUAAUGAAUUCAUCAGCCACUUGGAAUACCACCAAUGCUUAUGAGUCUGUCAGCAUUGGUCUGGACGACUCGCAACUCCUUGGUAAAUGGGCAUAUUACCUUGGUGUUCCUGUUGUCACCACCGCACUUUGGGGUGUGUGGAACUACGUCUUACGCCUGCUCCUCCUCCGCCGUUGGUACGAGAAGCAAGGAAUCAACUUUGUGGACAACUGUUAUGCUGUUGUCGGGGCUGAAAUGCGUGUCACAAAACUCCAAGAGGAGAACAAAAGUCACGACUGGCUUUACAUGGAACGACCGACCAAUCUGUACGGCACCUUGAGAGGGCUUACUCUGCAACUCUACACCACAAACGCAAAGCUCUGCAGUGACCUUGUCAGCAAGACCGGGAAACAAGUUGAUCGCAAUACCCCUGCUCUUCAUUCCGUCGGCCGGCUGAGUCCCUCGGCGAUACCGUUUCAGUCCAUGCACAAGCUGCGCUUCAAAGAGCGCAAAGCUAACCUGACGAAGAGCACCAAAGACAACAAGCGACUCUUUGACAUCGUCGAGCAUCAUGCAAACGCCUCUCUGAACGAUCUCAAAGUGAGGGAUAGCUCCAGCUGGCGACUGGACGUUCGGAAACUCCUUGAACAUUGGACACGAUCGACGAGCGGGGAGUUCGUCUGGGGAAAAGCAAAUAUUGACCGAUUCCUGGAAGUCGAGGAGACUGAUGGAGUUGUCAGGACUUUGCCUUUCAUGGUUGUCUUGAAUCAGACAUUUACUGAACUUCGAUUUUACUCUAGUCGAUUUUGGAACCGCGUCUGCUUCCCCCUCGCCGGCAUGCCCCUCACCAAGGAGGCGAGGCGUCUGAACCGCAACAUCAACAUCCUGCGAGACGUGUGCACGGACAUGAUGAACCAUCCUGAAGAAGGCACCGUAGCCGCUCUCUUACAGGAGAUCAACGAGAGCCAGGAUAUGCGCGAAGUGUUCACGCUGGACGACUUGAUCACCGCGACGUUUGCGGGCCUGGACGCUGUCAAGUCCACCGUGAUGGGUUGUAUAUACCACUUGUUGAAUCCAGACAACGCACAGUGGCGCAAGGCCAUUCUCGAGGAGCUCAACAGUCUGGAAGGGCAGUCGGGAGACAUGGAUAUCAAGCUGAUGCAAGCGCCAAUCUUGAACAGCUUCAUGUGGGAGUCGCUACGCUUCGAGCCGCCAGGGUCGCUCAUCAACAACGCAGCCGUGAAAGACUUUGAGUUGAACUACCAGGGCCAUACAUACAAGAUCAAGGCUGGCACGCGCAUUGUGACCAGUAUCCACGCGCUGCAUCAGAACGAGGAGAGCUGGCGCGAGAUAGCCGUCGAUAUGUCACCGCUCUCUGAAUUCGACCCCGGUCGAUUCUUGAAGUACGGCGACAAACUUCUCGGGUCUUCCUGCUUUAUGCCUUUUGGAAAAGGACCACGGCGUUGUCCAGGCCAGGCUGCCGGAGCUUUGAUGGUCAAGACUUUUCUCAAGGUAUUCAUACAAAAAGACUUGAACUGCAGAAUGGAUCUUCCAGAGAAUCAGACAAAGGACUCCUUGAGGUUCCAUGUCUAUAGCAAGGCCACGUUUGAUAUUCUAUUUGAUGAAAAAGAGGAUCCAGAGACUAUCACGACUAAGUGA